CACGCCCCUGGCCAUGCCCAGCAGCCGCUCCCCCCACCUUCAUCCCCCCACCGCAUCCUUGUGCUGCAGCUGCCAUGGGCUCCCGGCACUUCCCGGCCCGGACCGUGCUCUUCGAGAAGGAAUCCAGCGGUGUCACGUACCGUGUGCCCGCCCUGCUCUACCUGCCCUGCGUGGCCAAGCUGCUGGCGUUCGCCGAGGAGCGGCUCAGCGCCGACGAUGCCCACGCCAACCUGCUGGUGCUGCGCCGCGGCUCCAUCUACGGCAGCUACGUGGAGUGGGAAGACAUGCGUGUGCUGGAGACGGCAACGCUGCAGCACCACCGCUCAAUGAACCCCUGCCCGCUCUACGAUGAGUUCACGGGCACCCUCUUCCUCUUCUUCAUCACGGUGCUGGGCAGGACGCCCGAAGCCUACCAGAUUGUCACUGGCCAAAACGUCACCCGCCUGUGCUGUGUCACCAGCGCUGACCAGGGCCUGAGCUGGAGCACAGCCACAGACCUGACACAGCAGGUCAUUGGUGCCACCAUCAAAGACUGGGCGACGUUCGCGCUGGGCCCCGGGCACGGGAUCCAGCUGCGCUCCGGCCGGCUGCUGGUGCCCGCCUACAGCUACCACAUCGACUGCAAGGAGUGCUUCGGGCAGCUCUGCAAGACCACCCCGCACUCCUUCGCCUUCUACAGCGACGACCACGGCCGCGCCUGGCGCUUCGGGGAGUUCAUCCCCAACCUGCAGACGGGCGAGUGCCAGCUGGUGUCCGUGGAUGAGGAGGACGGAUCCAACGUCCUCUACUGCAACGCCCGCAGCCCCUUGGGCUUCAGGGUGCAGGCGCUCAGCACGGACGAUGGGGCCGUGUUCCACGGGGGGCAGCUGGUGCAGCGGCUGGUGGAGCCGCCCCACGGCUGUCACGGCAGUGUCAUCGGCUUCCCCGCGCCGCUCGUGUACGUCCCCGCCGCUUCCCGGGACACCGGGAUGUCCCCCCGGGGCUCGGUGUGCCGGCGGCUUCCCGGGGCGCUCCGGGGGCUCGGACAGGCAGGAGGUGCUGAGCUGCCCGCCGGCAGCCACCAGGAGCCAGAUGAGCCCCGUGAGGAUUGUCCCACCCCAGGGCGUCGCGAUGAUGCCCACAAUGUCACCUUGGUGCAGGGGGACUCUGCUGCGACCCCCGGCCCCACUCCCUUCUUCCAAGCACCGACGUGGAUCCUGUACUCGCACCCCACCAGCUCCAUGUCGCGGGUGAACAUGGGGGUUCACCUGAGCACCUUCCCCAGGGAUGCAGAGAGCUGGACAGAGCCCUGGGUCAUCUACGAGGGCCCGAGCGCCUACUCGGACCUGGCGUACCUGGAGCUGCCCUACAGGGACGCGCCGGUGGCCGGCGGCACGGCCAUCGCCUUCGCCUGCCUCUACGAGAACGGGAUGAGGUCUCCCUACGAGCAGAUCUCCUUCAGCAUGUUCACGCUGCACGACGUGCUCCAGAACAUCCCCCUGACAGCCGCUGCUCCCCGGCGGGGCCGCGGGAGGAAGAGGAGGAGGAGGAGGAGGAGGAGCUGCCUCGUCUCCUAGAGCCCGCCCAGGUCAGCUCCCCCCAGUGCUGGAUCCCGGAGCAUCGACCCCUCGGCUGGGUCCUGCCACCAUCCAGCACGGCCACAGCACACAGAGGGGUGUUACUGUCCCCACACUGGGGUUUGGCUCAUUU